AUGCCCUACAUUCUACCUGAGACGACGCUGGACACCAUCUACCUGCCCCCCUCCCAGAAGAACCACAUCAUGGCUCCCUCCGUCUUCGUUCUCCUCCAUCGGGACACUUCGUCCACCGUCUCCAUCGUCUCCGUCUUCCUCGAUCUCCAAGACGCCAACGCUGCCUGCCUGCACAGUGCCCAGGAGGCCGGCGUCGAGGUCAAGCCCGCCGACUCUGAGAAGGGGUCUGAGAAGCCAUCCCUUAACAAGGAGCCCCUCCGCUGGGAGGCCGCAGACGGCACCUCUUCGUGGGUUGAGCGUCACACCGUGACCCCCCGCAAGAAUCUCGGCCCCAGCGCCGCCGAGCGACCCAGCGGUCUCAAGAGGAACGACAGCCGUCUGUACAUCAACGACGAGGAUGAUGUGAUUGAGCUUGCCGACGACGACGGCCACUACGACUAG